GUAGAGAUCCUUCUCAGUUCAGAGACGCGUCCCAAAAUGAGAUCUUGCAAAGGGGGUCCGCGACGAGUUGCUCCCUGCGAUUGUUUUUCUAACGGCGAGUAGAGAGUUGUGGUGUGUCUCCGCUCCAUCGGCGUUGCUGUUUGCGGCAGAAAUUUCAGAGCGGCAUUGUAAGGCUUUUGUCGGGGUUUAUCGAUUAAUAUGUUGCAUGCUGAUAUAUCCAGGAUACAUCUUGAAUUAGUUCCAAUGAUCCAGGACUUUUCUGAAUGGUUGAUAAUUUACCUUUUGGUCACCACGCCAUCCGAGUCUUCUGGGAUUGAAGACUUUAGUUGUAUCGAAAUGAUACACAAGAAGUUAAUGGAAUUUGGUUCUACAAUUUUGCAUCUCUUUAGCAGUGGAUAACAGAGCAGGUUUGUCAAGGUAAUUGCUCUAUGUGCAAGUUACUUCCCCUAUAUGCCUUCGACAUCUUCAGGAUACUGAGUGCAUAUGCCAAGGUGCCUCCAAGGUCAAAUGCUCCUUCAACUAAGAGCGAGUUUGAAGAACUGGAAGCAGUACCAACUAUGACAGUUAUGGAUGGUCUCUUGGAGCCGUCAUCUACUGCAGUCUCAGGCGUUACUGAUUUACCUGAUGAUCCCAUGUUCAUCAACUUCUUUAGUGCAGCUAUGAGCGUCAGGAUUGCCUCAAAUGCAGUGGCUUCCGGACAACCAUACCAGUCUCUCCAUUCCUAGUCCCUAUACCUUCUUAUCCCACCUCUGUUGUCUCAUCAUCUUCAGUUCCAAUCAUGCACCAUCUCCACUAUCAACAUCUAGCCCUUUAACGCCACUACUUGAUGCCUCCCCUGAAAUUGAAACUGCUACUAAUCUUGUAAACCAUUCUAUGUUCAUUGGCCCCCCUCUCUCAUGAUCCUCUUCUUCACAGACGAUUGUGCCUCCUGCUGCUCCUCCAUCUGUUCCUACUGCUCCUCCACUCAACCCCAAGGACAAAUUAUGAGCCGGUAGUCAACAAAGACAACGUCCGGGAAGCACUUGUUGUCCUUGGCCAGAUUAAUAUGUUGCAUGCUGAUAUAUCCAGGAUACAACUUGAAUUAGUUCCAAUGGUCCAAGACUGUUUCUGAAUCGUUGAUAAUUUACCUUCUGGUCAUCACGCCAAUCCGAGUCUUCUGGGAUUGAAGACUUUAGUUGUCAACUCUCUUCAUUGCAUAUCGUUGGUCUUCGACAGAUAGCUUUUGUUUUAGAUAGCAAAAAUGGUAGACGAUCAUGGCACGACAAAUUUGGCAAACUUGAUUUUACUUCUGAACCAUCAUUCCUUGCACUAUUUCCCAAAUCCCAGAGAUAUUAUCAGUACGGUACAACACUUUACUGGCUGGAUAGUGGAUAAUUUUGGGCAAUACCAUGGUUGAAUCAAAUUCGCCGUUGAGGCAUUAUGCUGAGAUGAUUCUGUAUCAUCUGCUGUGUGGAAGCUACACUACUACCAGUUGGUAUGCAAAUAUUUGAGCAAUAUAAUUUUAAUGAAGGUGCUUGCCAGUUUGCUCUUGUUUCACUUGAGCAAGUUGAUGAGCUAUGAGUCGAAGAGAUGGAUCUCAUGUGGGUCGCACACUUGCAUCAUGUGAUGUGAGUACUAAAGAGUGCAAACUUGCAUCAUGUGCCUGAAAUUCUUAAGGAGGCUAACAGAUGGUUGAGGCACAUAGUCGUUCAAAAGUACGAAGCAUUAAUCACGGUGGUAACAUACGACAGAUGAAGGGGAAACUAGCCAGAUAUACUGCGAGUGUGAAUAUAGACAGGCUUGUGUGCCCCCAAAGUUCCUCGUGAUUCUAGAGCCAAAGAAAGGAAGCUGGAAUCAGAGUUUAGUGUUAAAAAUCCAUUAAAUGUCCUAUUUAUAUAGGAAAAAUUGUAAGUUUGAUCACUGCUGAAUUGUUUCACAUUUGCCUCUAAUUUUUUUUUUAUUCCAUUCGUGGUUAGUUUACUUUAAUAGUUCAAGUUUGGUCGCUGGUCAUUACAUUAUGUCAGACUCUAUUAGCAACGUAUUUUUUUUUUCUAACGCAGCUCGGCUCAUUUGCAGCCUAUUCGUGCCAAAUCUCCAAAACACCCCGCAUCAACCCAAACCCCUAAUGGGGUUGGUGGUAGUCGUUGUGGACAAGCGGGGUAGACCAACAGAAAUCCACACCAUUGGUUCAUUAGCCGAAGGGGAGGGAGGUCCAACACUCCACAUUUUUGUCUAACCUUUCCUUCCUUGGCUCGUAGACUCUUUAGUCAUCGUCUCAAUAUCAUCAGCUGCUCCAGCUUAUCCUCGACCUCACCAACCAGCUCCAAUGGAUCCCAAUCGCCAAAUCCUCCAAGAUCCAGUCCCCAAUUCUUCUCCCCCAGAAGAAGAACACCCAAAUGAGCUCGCCAUUGCUCACCCGUCACAGUGCUCUUCCACCUCCCACUCCGCCGCCGCCGCCGCAGCAUCGCCAUUCGCCGCCGCGUCUCUCUCCAUCUCCCUCUCCACAAUCCUCCCGACCCACUUCUUCACCCCGACCAGAAUUCAGACGCUCUUCGCCGCUGCUUCUCCUAGCAAGGUCAAAAUCCCAACCCAGGCCGCUUCCCUUUCCCACCUCUCCAUUUCCUCUUCCUCCCCGGCGGCCGCAGCUGGGCUCUCCUUCAAAUCCACCAUCUCCGCCAACCCUCUCCACAGCACGCUCUCCCUGGGCCCUCGCCGCCCUUCCGACCCUUCCAAUUCCGCCGCCCUCCGCCGCGCUGCCGUCGUCUGGUUCCGCAACGACCUCCGCGUCCACGACAACGAGUCCCUCAACUCCGCACACAAUGAAUCCGUCUCCAUCUUGCCCGUCUACUGUUUCGACCCUCGUGAGUACGGGAAAUCCUCAUCUGGGUUCGAUAAGACGGGGCCGUACCGAGCCACUUUCGUGAUCGAAUCGGUUUCCGACCUCAGGAAGAACCUCCGGGCCAGAGGGUCGGAUCUCGUCGUGCGGGUUGGGCGGCCGGAGACUGUGUUGGCCGAAUUGGCGAAAGCUGUCGGAGCCGAUGCUGUCUACGCGCAUAGAGAGGUGUCUCAUGAUGAGGUUAAGGCGGAGGACAAGAUUGAAGCUGCGAUGAAGGAGGAAGGAUUGGAGGUGAAGUACUUCUGGGGAAGUACUCUGUACCAUUUGGAUGAUUUGCCCUUCAAGCUGGAGGAGAUGCCUUCUAAUUAUGGCGGGUUUAGGGAGAAAGUUCAGGGGUUGGAUGUGAGGAAGACGAUUGCUGCGUUGGAUCAACUGAAGGGUAUUCCAUCCUCCGGAGAUGUGGAGCCUGGGGAGAUCCCCACAUUGUUGGAUUUGGGUCUCAGCAGCCCCACUCAGGAUGGAAAGCCAGCAGCAUAUGCUUCUAUGGUGGGAGGGGAGACUGAAGCACUGCAAAGGUUGCAGAAAUUUGCAGUGGAGUGUCGAGCACAACCACCCAAGGGAACCAAUGGCAACCACAACAGCAUAUAUGGUGCAAACUUUUCGUGCAAAAUAUCUCCAUGGUUAACCAUGGGAUGCAUCUCUCCUCGUUCCAUGUUUGAUGAGCUCAAGAAAACUGGUAGCAGAAUGAUAUCUGCCUCAAGCAAAAAAGAUGAUGGAAGUGGCAACCCAUCAGGAGACACUGGAAUGAACUGGUUGAUGUUUGAGUUGCUGUGGAGGGAUUUCUUCAGAUUCAUAACGAAGAAGUACAGCGCAACAAAGAAGCAGAUUGAUGGAGCUCCUGUCACAGCUUGUUCAGGUGCUGCUGUUGCAUAGGAAGACAAAUUCAUGGAUUUGAUUCCUCUGCAUAUGUUUCAGCUAAUCAAUGGACGGAGUUUCGAUUAUGGUUUUCAAAUGAGUUGACAUAUCUCUGUUCAACAUUUUGUUCUCUGGCAAAUAAAAAUCAUGGAGUGGUUUAUAAUGUGUUCUUUCAUUCUUAUUUGAAGUUAUGCUGCGUAUCUAAUUUUGUGGUAGAGAAAAGGGAAAACAAUGAAACAGGAAGGUUAUCUCAUAAAAUUUCUCUACAUAUUAUGCUUCUGUUGUUGCUGGGAG